AUGUCUCUGCGACUUUCCAGCGGAUCCAGGAGACCCUGUGCCCGUCCUACCACAGGAUCGCUCAGGCUCUCUAGCGGGGGAGCCGGCUUUGGGGCUGGAAAUGCUUGCGGCAUACCUGGAAUUGGAAGUGGCUUCUCUUACACCUUCGGUGGCAGCUCAGCAGGAGGAAAUGUAGGGGGAAGCAAUUCCUGUGCUGGCUUUACUGUGAACGAAGGGGGCCUCCUUUCCGGCAAUGAGAAGGUGACUAUGCAGAACCUCAACGACCGCCUGGCGUCCUACCUGGAGAAUGUGCGAGCACUAGAAGAGGCCAACGCCGACCUGGAGCAGAAGAUCAAGGGGUGGUAUGAGAAAUUUGGGCCUGGUUCUUGCCGUGGUCUUGAUCAUGACUAUAGUAGAUAUUUCCCAAUAAUUGAUGAUCUUAAAAGUCAGAUCGUUGCUUCCGCAACCAGCAAUGCUAACACUGCUCUACAGAUUGAUAAUGCCAGGCUGACAGCUGAUGAUUUCAAAUUCAAGUAUGAAAAUGAGCUGGCUCUUCAUCAGAGUGUGGAGGCCGAUGUCAAUGGAUUACGCAGAGUUCUGGAUGAAAUAACCCUGGGCAAAACGGACCUGGAGAUUCAUUAUGAAACCCUGAAUGAGGAGAUAACUUACAUCAAAAGGAACCAUAAAGAGGAAAUGAAGGCUCUGCAAUGCGCAGCGGGAGGCAACGUGAACGUGGAGAUGAACGCAGCCCCCGGGGUGGACCUCACGAUUCUGCUGAACAACAUGAGAGCCGAGUACGAAGGCCUGGCUGAGCAGAACCGCAGGAAUGUCGAGGCCUGGUUUAACGAAAAGAGUGCUUCGCUGCAGCAGCAAAUCUCUGAGGAUGCUGGAGCCACAACCUCAGCCAGGAAUGAGCUGACGGAAAUGAAGCGCACUCUUCAAACCCUGGAGAUUGAACUUCAGUCUCUCUUAGCCACGAAACACUCCCUGGAGUGCUCCUUGACGGAGACCGAAGGCAACUACUGUGAGCAGCUCGCACAGAUCCAGGCUCAGAUCGGGGCCCUGGAAGAGCAGCUGCACCAGGUCAGAACCGAGACCGAGGGCCAGAAACUCGAGUACGAGCAGCUGCUGGACAUCAAGGUCCACCUGGAGAAGGAGAUCGAGACCUACUGCCGCCUGUUAGGUGGAGAUGAUGGGGCUUGCAAGUCUGGUGGUUACAAGUCUAAAGAUUAUGGAUCUGGAAAUGUGGGAAAUCAAAUCAAAGAUUCAGCCAAAGCUAUAGUGGUUAAAAAAGUUCUUGAGGAGGUAGACCAACGCAGCAAAAUACUUACCACCAGGCUCCACUCCCUGGAAGAGAAAUCUCCAAACAAUUAAUUUGAGACAUACAGAGGUCAUACACCAAAUGACCUCAGAGAAGAGAAGGCAUUAUAAAUCUGUCCAAAAACAUGAGCAAGUCUAAGGAAAAAGUCUGUCCUGUG